AUGUGUUUGUUUGCUCUCGAGGAAGAAUGUGCAGUGGAGCCCGAGAAUCCAGAAAUGGGGACCAGCGAAGAGCCCCUGGUGAAGCCGGAGAGGCCGGAUGAAGAUGGCGCACCGGGUGAGAUGCUGCAUGAGGAGCUCCUGAUCAAGCCGGAGCUGGCGGGCGGUGAUGAUGAUGGCACAAGUGAUGAUGAUGGCACAAGUGAUGAUGAUGGCACAAGUGAUGAGAUGUCGCCGGAGGAGCGCGCGGUCAGGGCGCAGGUGUGGGACGCGGCGAGUGACGAGCACUGCGUGUCGCGGCUGCCGGUGCCGGUGCCGGUGUAUUCGGAGGGCAGCGCCGCCCGCGGCAUGGAACAGCUCGCGAUGGGUUGUUCCGUGGUGCUCGAGCGCCUCCGUGACGACGCGACUAUGAUACAUACUGGGGCGAAGCAGUUUCAAUGUAGCUACUGCGACUACAGCUGCGGGCAGAAAGGACACAUGCUAUCACACCAGAGGACACACACCGGGGAUAAGCCUUUUCAGUGUAGUAACUGCGAUUACAAAUGCAGGCGAAAAUAUGAACUGAAAAUACACAUGAUGACACACACUGGGGCGAAGCCAUUUCAAUGUAGCAUCUGCGACUACAGUUGCACGCAGAAAAGAUCCUUGCUAGUUCACCAGAGGACACACACCGGAGAGAAGCCUUUUCAGUGUAACUACUGUGAUUCCAAAUUCAGUCUAAAAUCAAGCCUAAAAAGGCACAUUAUGAUACACACUGGGGCGAAGCCAUUUCAAUGUAGCUACUGCGACUACAGCGGCAGGGAGAAAGCACACUUGCUAUUACACCAGCAGACGACACACACCGGGGAGAAGCCUUUACAGUGUAGUCACUGCGAUUACAAAUGCCGUCGAAAACCAGACCUAAAACAACACAUUAUGAUACACACUGGGACGAAGCCAUUUCAAUGUAGCAACUGCGACUACACGUGCAUGCAGAAACGAUCCUUGCUAAUACACCAGAUGAAACACACCGGGGAGAAGCAUUUUCAGUGUAGUCACUGCGAUUACAAAUGCAGUCGAAAAUCAGACCUUAAAAUACACAUGACGAUACACAGUGGGGCGAGGCCAUUUCAAUGUAGCAACUGCGAAUACAGGUUCGAUCGUAAAGGACACUUGCUAGUUCAUCAGAUGACACACACCGGGGAGAAGCCUUUUCAGUGUAGUCACUGCGAUUACAAAUGCCGUGAAAAAUCAAACCUGAAGAGACACAUGAUGAUACACACUGGGGCGAAGCCAUUUCAAUGUAGCAACUGUGACUACAGGUGCAGGACGAAAGGAAACUUGCUAAAACACCAGAGGAUACACACCAGGGGCGAACCCAUUUCAGUGUAG